AUGGGUAGAGUUAUUCGUAACCAGAGAAAGGGUGCUGGCUCCAUCUUCACUGCCAACACCAGAUUGAGAAAGGGUGCUGCUAAGUUGAGAUCCUUGGACUAUGCUGAACGUAACGGUUACAUCCGCGGUGUCGUCAAGCAAAUCAUCCACGACCCAGGUAGAGGUGCUCCUUUGGCCAAGGUUGCCUUCAGAGACCCAUACAAGUACAAGAUGAGAGAGGAGACCUUCAUUGCCAACGAGGGUGUCUACACCGGUCAAUUCAUCUACUGUGGUGCUAAGGCUUCUUUGAACGUCGGUAACGUUUUGCCAUUGGGUGCCUGCCCUGAGGGUACCAUCGUCUCCAACGUCGAGGAGCACGCUGGUGACAAGGGUGCUUUGGGUAGAACCUCCGGUAACUACGUUAUCAUCAUCGGACACAACCCAGACGAGGGUAAGACCAGAGUCAAGUUGCCAUCUGGUGCCAAGAAGGUUAUCUCUUCUAACGCUAGAGGUGUCAUCGGUGUCGUUGCCGGUGGUGGUAGAAUUGACAAGCCAUUGUUGAAGGCUGGUAGAGCAUUCCACAAGUACAAGGUCAAGAGAAACUCCUGGCCAAGAACUAGAGGUGUGGCCAUGAACCCAGUUGAUCACCCUCAUGGUGGUGGUAACCAUCAACAUAUUGGUAAGGCUUCUACCAUCUCCAGAGGUGCCGUUCCAGGUCAAAAGGCUGGUUUGAUUGCCGCCAGAAGAACUGGUUUGUUGAGAGGUACUCAAAAGACCCUGGAUUAG